CACACGCAUAUAUAUCCCCCCCCUCCGUUUGCGUAACUCCUCCGAGGAGGUGUGCGGGAACGAGAGCGCUCCGACACCACGAUGCGGGACCUCGGCGGGCGCGCGGCCGCGGUGCGGCGCCGCGCGAUCCUCCUCCUGGUGCUCGUGCUGGAGCUCGCGGCAGGACCCGCGCGCGCACACCCGCAGUGCCUGGACUUCAAGCCCCCCUUCAAGCCGGCGCAGGAGGGGCUCGUCUUCUGCGCGAUGUACAAGGAGCUGGGCUGCUGCGACUCGGCCAGGGACCAGGAGCUCAUGGCCACCUUCUACAGGAUCAUGGACCACUUCUCGUACCACGCCUAUGUCAGCUGUGCGGGCUACGUGCAAGAGCUGCUGUGCCAGGAAUGUUCUCCGUACGCGGCCCACCUGUUCGAUGCCGAGGAUCCCAGCACACCUGUGCGGGCCGUGCCAGGACUGUGCCCGGACUAUUGCUCCCGAUUCUGGUCGACGUGCCGCUCCGUCGUCACCCUCCUUUCCAACGACACGGUCCUGGCAGACCUGGAGCAGGACCAGCAACGCUUCUGCGAGUACCUGGAGCUGGAUGAUGCAGACUACUGCUACCCCCACUUGCUGAGCAACGAGCAGUUGACCAAGGACCUAGGGAGGGUGACGGCCGACGCCGAGGGCUGUCUACAGCUGUGUGUAGAGGAGGUGGCCAAUGGGCUGCGGAACCCUGUAGCUAUGGUGCACGCCAAUGAUGGUACUCACAGGUCCUUUGUGGCAGAGCAGGUUGGCGUGGUCUGGGUUUACCUGCCUGAUCGCUCAAGGCUGGAGGAGCCUUUUUUGAACAUCAGCAAGGCGGUUCUGACCUCGCCCUGGGAGGGGGAUGAGAGAGGUUUCCUGGGUCUGGCCUUUCAUCCUCACUAUAAAUACAAUGGAAAAUUGUACGUCUAUUACUCGGUGGAGGUGGGUUUCGACGAGAGAAUCAGAAUCAGCGAAUUCCGUGUUUCCUCCAGCGACGUGAAUGUUGUAGACCACAGCUCAGAAAGGGUUAUUUUGGAAGUUGAUGAACCAGCAUCCAAUCAUAACGGAGGCCAGCUUCUGUUUGCUGAUGAUGGCUACUUGUACAUCUUCACUGGGGAUGGUGGCAUGGCUGGAGAUCCUUUUGGGAAAUUUGGGAACUCGCAAAACAAGUCAGCGCUGUUGGGUAAGGUCCUUCGCAUUGAUGUGGAUGACAAUGACAGGGGUCCACUAUACAAGAUCCCCCCAGAUAAUCCCUUCCUGCAAGACCCGGCAGCACGGCCCGAGGUGUUUGCCUACGGGGUCCGGAACAUGUGGCGGUGCUCUGUGGACCGGGGCGAUCCUGUCACAAAAGAGGGGAAAGGCAGGAUCUUCUGCGGAGACGUGGGACAGAACAAGUAUGAAGAAGUAGAUGUCAUUGAGCGGGGGAAGAACUAUGGCUGGCGAGCCAAAGAGGGCUUUGCAUGCUAUGACAAGAAGCUGUGUGCAAACAGCUCAUUAGAUGAUGUUCUACCCAUAUUUGCCUACCCUCACAAACUGGGUAAAUCUGUUACGGGGGGAUAUGUGUACCGUGGCUGUGAAUACCCCAAUCUAAAUGGAAUGUAUAUAUUUGGAGACUUUAUGAGUGGACGUAUGAUGGCCUUGAAGGAGGACAAGAAGUCCGGUCAAUGGGACUACCACGAGAUCUGCAUGGGUCUUGGACUGACCUGCGCCUUCCCCGGCGUCAUUAACAACUACUACCAGUAUAUCAUCUCUUUUGCUGAGGAUGAGUCAGGAGAGUUGUACUUCAUGUCCACUGGAAUUGCAAGUGCCACAGCAGCUUCAGGUGUUGUGUACAAACUUGUUGAUCCCUCACGACGUGCACCACCAGGAAAAUGUCAUUAUGACCCAUUGCCCGUCAGACUGAAGAGCAAACUGAUUAAAUUCAAGCCGAAAGAAUCACUGAUUGGUGUAGAAAUUCCAACAAAGCGCUCCAGGCUAGCGGGUGAAGAAGGACCUUCACCGACACCCACACAGGCCAUUACAGUGGACUGGCUCCAGGAGCUGAUGAAUCUGUUUGGGGAACAAGAGGGUGCUUUGGGGAAGACGACCCCUAUCCCGAAAACAACCCCCACAGUUGCCGCUACAACUACCACUAAAGCCCCCAGAUCGGCCAAGCCUCGGAAAGGUCGGCGGAGGAAAAGAAAAAACGGGGCAUUGCGACUCGCCGGCGACACCGAGGGGAGGGGCGAUCGUGGCAGGGUAGAGGUCUUCAUCAGCGGGGAAUGGGGUACAGUUUGUGACGAUCUGUGGGACACCAAAAAUGCAGCAGUGGUAUGCAGGCAGCUGGGCUUCCGUUACGCACUCAAGGCCUUAAAGCAGGCCUGGUUUGGAGAGGGCAGGCAGCUGAGGAUCCUUCUGGAUGACGUCCAGUGCAAGGGAACUGAGGAACGGCUGAUAGACUGCAAACAUGCUGGCGUGGGCAAGCACAACUGCGGGCACCACGAGGACGCAGGCGUCGUGUGUGGGAACACAGACUCCACGCAGCACUAAAGACUGUAGUUAGCCCUGACAAAGCCUAACAGUUGACUUUGGCACAUAGGUCUACCUCUUUCACUCACUCACUCACUACCAUUAACUGCUGGUCUAAGUCAGGUUUGGUGAUCCAGAGUCUUUUCCAGAAACAAAUGGUGCUGGGCUAGUCAGGGUAAACCCUGGAUGGGAUACCAGUCCAUCGCAGAUACUUUCACUGAGGACUUAAAAUGACCUUAAAGUGAAGUUUCAGUGAAAUCUGCCAGUUAAAGUAACUUUGGCCAUUAACUUCUCUUUUAUGUUAUUUUGGAUGCUUGAAGUCCAGUCAUAUGUGCAAGUUGCAUUUCAUAAUGUCUGUGUUGUCUGUAUACCACUGUAGUCAGUAUACUUCUUUCUGAGCGAAUGUAAUACAUUUAAUACAAUUUUUUUUUUUUAAAAAAAAUACCUAAAGGAAUGGUUAAGCAAAAUGUUUGGGUAUUGGUUUGCUGCAGCUCAUUUUCUGGUUUUAAUACCGAGCAAUGUUCGGAUGUUAAUUCACAGACAAAUAUUAGCGCUUGUGCUCCUAAUAGCAAGGAGACACCAUGUUUCGCACGGAAGUAAGUAGGUCACCGAGUAUAAAUGGGUCUUUUUUUUAAUUUGGAUAAAGCACCUCUUGCACAUGUCUUGUAUGCUGAUGAGGAUGAGCAUUCAUUUAACAGAGACCUUGCAAACUUUUGGUUGGGGAAGUGUUCCAUCAGGGGUUUCUGUAACUUGUGUUCUGGAAAUUUCCCAACAAUGUACAUAUUGAAGUGAAAUGUCCAGUUUCUCUCCAGUUACUU